AAGUAAUCACUUCAUGCUACGGUACUAGUAAUUUGAGGGAAAAAAAAAAAAAGAAAAGACAAGAUUCAACAGCAAGAUUCUCUCCCGAGUCCACAACCCAUACCGCCAUUAAUGGAGAAACAGAUUGCCAUUAUUGGAGCUGGUCUUAGUGGCCUUCUCGCCUGCAAGUACGUCCUCUCCAAGGGUCUGCAACCCAUCGUCUUUGAGUCUCGAACCGACGUUGGAGGAGUCUGGAUCAAGACCAUACAGACGACGAAGCUCCAGACCCCAAAAUCUAUUUACCAAUUUUCAGAUUUUCCAUGGCCGAGUUCAGUGCCGGAAGAUUUUCCUGAUCACGAUAAAGUUCUUGACUACAUUAAAUCUUAUGCGGAGCAUUUUGACUUAAUCAAGCACAUCAAAUUCAAUUCAAGAGUUGUGGGAAUUGAAUAUGAAGGAGCUUCUGGCAGUGAAGAGAUCGAAAAAUGGAGUUUAUGGAGUGGCAAUGGUGAGCGAUUUGGCUCGGGAGGGAAAUGGAAGGUAGUGGUGGAGCACAACCAUGGCGUUGCUGAUGAGACAAAGAGAAAGUUAGGUGCAAAGAACGUCUCCAACGGUCAAGCAUUGGCAAAAAUAUUUCCAACUAGUUACAUUUACAAAGUGGAUUUUGUGAUUCUGUGUGUGGGGAGAUUUAGUGAUGUGCCGAAUAUUCCUGAAUACCCACCUGGAAAGGGACCAGAAACGUUUCAUGGAAAGGUGAUACACUCCAUAGACUACACUAAGAUGGAGUACGAAACUGCUGGUAAAUUUGUUGAAGGAAAGCGAGUUGCCAUUGUUGGCUUCCAGAAAUCUGCACUGGACAUCGCAAUGGAGGUCGCAGCAGUAAAUGGGAAGCAAAACCCAUGCACAGUGCUAUACAGAAGUGAACAAUGGGGCGUCCCUGAUUAUCUUCCAUGGGGUUUACCUUUAGCGUAUUUGUACUUAACCCGGUUCUCAGAGCUUUUGCUACACAAACCUGGUGAGGGCCUCUUGCUCAGUCUCUUGGCUUCAAUUCUUUCACCCGUGAGAUGGGCUUUUUCAAAAUUUGUUGAAACACAUAUUAAAAGGAAGCUUCGGUUGGAAAAGUUUGGAAUGGUGCCAGAACACAGUUUUUUUAAUCAAAUCAAUACAUGUUUAGUAUCAACAGUGCCUGAAAAUUUCUAUGAAAAAGUUGAAGAGGGAAGCAUCAUAUUAAAGAAAGCUCCAAGCUUUAGUUUCUGUAAAGAGGGAAUUAUGGUUGAUGGUGAAACCAAACCUAUUGAGACAGAUUUGGUCAUAUUUGCUACUGGGUUCAGUGGUGAUAAAAAGCUCAAGGACAUUUUUAUGUCAAAGACCUUUCAGGACUCCAUUUUAGGGUCCACUAAUGCAGCUGUUCCUCUCUACAGGGAAUGUAUACAUCCUCGAAUUCCGCAACUAGCAGUGAUUGGAUACUCAGAAAGUGUUUCAAACCUGUAUACCUCGGAAAUAAGAAGCAAAUGGCUGGCAGAGCUACUUGGUGGGACGUUCAAGUUACCCAGCAUUAAAGACAUGGAAGAAGAUGUUGCGAAAUGGGACAAACACUGGAAACGGUACUCCGGCAAAUACUACAGAAGAUCUUGCAUAGCUGCUAUUCAUAUUUGGUAUAACGAUCAACUGUGCAAGGAUAUGGGAUGGAAUCCAAAGAGGAAGAAAGGGUUCUUUGCUGAUUUGUUUGAGCCUUAUGGUCCCACGGACUACUUAGUGUCCUCUUAAUCUGACAAUCUACGAGAAUUUCUUUGGAUCAACUUUCCUUCUAUUCCUACCCAGUAGCUCGAAGACAACAAAUUAUGUUUUAAUGAAGAGAAUUGAAUCUACUAUCAAUAAAAUUGCUUAAGAAUAAACCCACCCACAACGGGUCUCCAUAUUUC